GCUUCCCACUGGUUUUCUUCUUCUUUUCCCUAAGUUUUCACAAGUGUUAUCCGAGUAGAAUGAUAGCCGCACAGUCGACCCUAAGUGUCGUCCGUACACUCCGCCCUAUUUUUGCAGAUCGUCCAUUUCACUUAACAGGUCGAUCUUGAACUCUUUGAGUCAACCUUCAUCCGUACAUGCUUACCGUACGUAACGUCCGUACCACUUGCUCAUUUCUCACUCCUUCUUAUCAUAAACUUUGGUCAAGCCUCUUUUUCUUUAUUCUUCGUAUGCAAUACUCCUCUUCAAACUUGACCAUGAGAACCUGUCAAGUUUGGAAAUCAUGAAGAUCUUCCUCAUUCAAAACCUCAUUGGAAGUAAACGUUGAUGAGAAAAAAAGAGUGGAGACUCCAUGACUAAGAAAAUCAUUUACAGGAGAGGUCAAUGCCAAGUCUGGUAUAGAUGGGCUGAGUCACAUUGAUUCUUGCGGAUUUGGUAAAGACAUCCACAAGUUGGUCUUUACUUCUUGUGUAGCAUGGUAAGAUCACACCCAAAACAAUUAUUUACCUAACCUUGUAACAAUCAACCUCAAUGUGCUUUGUCCUCUGAUGAAAUAUUGAACUUGAAUCACUAUGGAUCACAGUUUGGUUGUCACAAUGCAUGGUGAUAGGAAUGUUGAUUUCAAUCUCCAAGUUUUUUGAGAAGGCCCUUAAUCCAUACCAUCUCGUUGGUCAGCUCUAGGAUGGCUUUAUACUUAUUAAAUCUGUCGGUUUUCUGAUUUCAGAUGAGAAUCGUUCGACACUCAUGUGGUAUCGUUCGACACUCAUGUGGUGUCGUUCGACACUCAUGUGGUGUCGCUCGACACCUUUCAACAACCUCGACAGCUUUCUCGAGUGUGUCAGACCGACCACUUUUCAAUAAAACGAACAUAACUUUUGAUCCAAUUGUCUGAUCGACCUCAAAUCGAUGGCAUUGGAAAGUUAAUUCUUUAUUUUGUGUCUAAAUAUAGGCUCAAUUUCACUGUAGGAAAUCUUCCAACCAUUACUAAACUUUUGAUGCAUCUACGUAGUUCUGUAUCUCAAAUAGUUCUAAAAUCUCUAAGGUUGUCGAAAACGUACAUGAAUCUGAAACGACUCUGAAACGCUCGAAAUAAAUAAUAAAAUUUAUAAAGAAAUUAUUACCAUGGUCAAAAGGUGGUAAAACCAUGGUAUAUCAUCGCAUAGUUGAAAGUCUUGAAGAGGUUAAAGAAUCUUUCGAAGUUUUUAAGCUUUGGAGGAAGACUUAGGUCUGAAAAUCAAGGUUAUUCUAGCAUCUUAUUUUAGUCAACAUUUGUUUGCGCCAAUAAUUCAUCCUAAUAUUAUUUUAUUGGCGCAAACCUAUUUGCAGAUUACAUAAUUAAAGAUUCGGCUAGCUGUCAACUAAAAGAUCUCCAUUCAUUUUUAUAUGUAUCAUCAGUUCUUGUCUGGAGCUAUAGUCUUCUCUUUGGUUUCUUUCUUGGUAAGAGUUACAUAUCUGUGGAAGCAACCUGUAUGAGUUAUUUUUAUAUCUCAGAUCCUAAACGUAUUGCUGAAAACUAAAAAACCAAAUUAUUACUUGUUGAUGAAGAAAUGAAUUCUCUCUCUUCAGUAGCAGUCUUGCUUUCUUGCCUUGUGUUGUUUCUUGCCAAAGAAUCUUUGUCACAUCCAUUAUGUAAUGAUUUGAGUAGGUGUCUCUUUUCUUUGUUUCUCCUGUUAUCAGAUUGAUGAUAACUAUGUGUUUUGUGUCAUUUUUUGUUUCUGAUUUUAUUUGGUUUGGUCAGCUGCUCUGUUUAUUUACAGUUAAUUUUUUUUCUGAUUCUUUGAAAUUGUUUUGGUCAGCUGCUCCGCUUAAACGGAAGCAGCCGCUCUCUUUUUGUCAAGUCAAUGGAAGUGUAUGCUGUAACUCCCAUGAGGACUUGAAGUUGCAAAAGCAGUUUAAAGCAGUCAAUGUAUCUGGUAGCUGUUCUUCGCUUCUCAAGUCAUUACUUUGCUCGAAGUGUGAUCCUUUCGCAGCAGAGCUUUUCCGUGCUGAGUCAGAAUCUAGACAAGUCCCUGUGCUCUGCAACUCCACAGUUUCUUCUCACAAGUCAACACAAUCUCUUGCCGGCAUUGAUUUUUGCACAAGGUUUUGGAGUGAAUGUCAGAAUCUCUCUGUAACCAACACUCCUUUUGCAUCUCAAUCUGGAGAUGGAAAUAACUCCACAAUAUAUGAGAUAUGGAAAUCAAGAAAUGACUUCUGCAAGACCUUUGGUGGAUCUUCAGAUGAAUCCUCUGUGUGCUUCGAUGGCCAGGCGGUUUCAUUCAACAUUUCAAAAGCUACUAGUCCUUCUCCUUCAGGCAUGUGCCUUGAGAAGCUUGCAAACGGGUCUUUUCUCAACAUGGAGCCUCAUCCUGAUGGCUCUAAUCGCGUCUUCCUCUCUGAUCAAGCUGGGAUGGUAUACCUGGCUACAGUCCCAUCUCAAGGCUCUAGAGAAGUUUUAACAAUAGACGAGACUAAUCUGUUUCUUGAUCUAACUGAAGAAGUGCACUUUGAUGCUGAGCUUGGUCUCUUGGGAAUAGCUUUUCAUCCUGAUUUCUCGAGGAACGGUAGAUUCUUUGUUUCUUUCAACUGCGAUAGAGUUAAGUGGCCAGAAUGUUCUGGCAAAUGCGCAUGCAACUCAGAUGUUGAUUGUGACCCUUCAAAGCUAGAUUCUGAUGACGGAGCAACCCCAUGUCAAUACCACAGCGUCAUAUCAGAGUUCUUUACCAAUGGGACUUAUGUUAAACCGGUGGAGGUAAGGAGAAUCUUUACGAUGGGUCUUCCUUUUACAACACAUCAUGGUGGACAGAUCUUGUUCGGGCCUAAGGAUGGGUACUUGUAUUUCAUGAUGGGAGAUGGAGGAAGCAAAGGAGAUCCACACAACUUUGCACAGAACAAGAGAUCUUUGCUUGGGAAGAUCAUGAGACUCGAUGUGAAUAAUGUUCCAGAUGCAAAAGCAAUGAGCCAGUUUCAGCUAUGGGGAAACUAUACUAUACCAAAAGACAAUCCGUUUACACAAGAUAAGAAUAUGCUUCCUGAAAUAUGGGCCAUGGGAGUUAGAAACCCAUGGCGAUGCAGUUUUGACUCAGAGAGGCCGUCUUACUUCCUAUGUGCAGAUGUUGGAGAGGACAAGUAUGAAGAAGUGGAUAUGAUCACCAAGGGAGGAAACUAUGGUUGGCAUUACUACGAGGGACCUUUACCAUUUACCUCUUCUAAAACCAGCAAGAACUCAACAAAGAUUACAAAUCCGAUCUUCCCGGUUAUGUGGUACAAACACUCGGACGUAAACCAGAAAGAAGGAUCUGCUUCAAUAACUGGCGGAUAUUUUUAUCGUUCAACUACUGAUCCAUGCUUGUAUGGAACGUAUCUCUUUGCAGACUUAUACGCUGGAGUCAUUUGGGGUGGAGCUGAAACUCCACUGGGUAGUGGAAACUUCACGAGCUCUCAUAUUCCAUUACGAUGCACUUCGGAUUCGCCGAUCUCUUGCUCAUCUGAUACAGACUCUUCUUCAUCAUCAUCUCCAGCCCUUGGCUUUAUAUUCUCCUUUGGACAAGACAACAACAAAGACAUCUACUUACUUGCAAGCUCUGGCCUUUACAGAAUCGUUCGUCCGAGCCGCUGUAACUUCCAUUGCUCCCUUGAAAACGGAACUCCAUUGGUUCCUUCACGACAGCCUGAUCGUUCUCCGCCAUCUCCAUCAUCUUCUCAACGACUACACAACAGCGUUAGUAUUCUUGUAAUAAAUUUCUUAGCUUGGUGUUUUCUUUUGUUUGUAAUACAAAGAAAAUGAAUAUGUUCAAAGAUCCGUACAUACUAGAGAAGCAAAUGGCUGGGACUAUUUCUAUUGACACAGUA